CAGCACAGCACAGCGCUCAGCAUCGCAGAGCAGGAGGUGGCGGGUGGCCAUGGGCAGGAUGUGGCCUUGUGAGGUGCUGCUGCUUCUGCUGCUGCUGGGCUCAUCCACAGCCAUCACACCAGGGAUGGAUGGAUCCAUUACACCAGGGUUGGAUGGAUCCAUCACACCAGGGUUGGGUGGAUCCAUCACACCAGGGUUGGAUGGAUCCAUCACACCAGGGAUGGAUGGAUCCAUCACACCAGGGUUGGAUGGAUCUGUCACACCAGGGUUGGAUGGAUCCAUACCAACUGUGUUGGAUGGUUCCAUCACCCCCAAGUUGGAUGGACCCAUCACCCCAAAACAGACUGGACCCAUCUCACCAUCCCGGCCCUGGCGCUGGCCCACCACCUACCUGGACACCAUCCUGGCAGCCGUGAAGUUGCUCAACCAGAGGAUCUCAGGUCCAUGCACCCUACGGCUGCGGGCAGCACAGCCCCGACCCGGCUGGGUUGGGACCCUGAAGCGGCGGCGGGAGGUGAGCUUCCUUGUGGAGGAUGCCCCAUGCCCAGCUGGGGUUGACUGCAGGAGCUGCAAGCAGGGGGCCCUGCAGCACUGUGUGGGCACCGUGUCCAUGGAGCAGCAGCCCACUGCUGAGCUGCGCUGCCGACCAUUGUGGGCACAGCCCAUCCGGAACUGGUGGACCCGCAUUCGGGAAUGGUGGGACGGCAUCAGGAGGCGCCUGCGGCAGCGCAGCCCCUUCCACGUCCGCGGGCGGCUGAACAUCAGCAGCACAGCUCAGCCAUGAGCAGCCCCAGCACGGCUGUCACACAGCGCCACAAUAAAGGUCCCUUCUAUCAGCUA